CAACGGAGAAAAGGAAAAACUGUAGAGCUAAUUUUUCUCGUGAAAAUCUCGUAAUCGAUGAUUUUACGAAGGUGAACGCCUGUGCGCGCGAACACGAAGAGAGAGAGAGAAACAGCGCAUACCAGUAACUACAUAAUUGAAUUGCAAGCUUGCCGAUCGACUUCGGCAUUCCAAUUAAAUGCAAGUUGAAGGCAAGUUGCAUACGAAACGGUCAUUGUUUUUCUCUCUUAUUCCACGGACAAAUGGUAAUCGAUGUUAACGAAGGUGAAAAAAAAAAAGAUCCACGUUACAGGGAAAGAAGAGACGAUACGAGGAUCUCGCUGGCAACGAUAAUACAAGUAUCGAAUAGCAGAAGGCAAGGCUCAAACGAGAGAGGAGGAACAGGUGUGCCGCGAGAAUAGAAACAACAAAAUUGUUGAAAGAAAUAACAGAGUGGUGGUAGACGAAAGAGUAGGAUAGAGAACGGAAGAAACGAAAAAUAAUCGAACGAAAAGAAAAACGAAAUGGAACAGAAGGGUGAAAAAGGAAGAAGGAGUACAGGUAAGCAAGGGAGGAAAGAGAUAGAAGGUAGGAAACACAGAAGGACAAGGUGGAGCAAGAAGAAUCCGCGUAACGAGUACGUUUCAGGUACAGCGGUUGCAUCUUGAAGAGAAAUGUAUAAAGUAUAAGGAAAGAACGAAGGUAAUGGAGUGGAAUGGUGAAACAGGAAUGUACUAGGAAUGGAAUAUAAAGAGAACAAAAUGGAAUGGAUUGGAAUGGAGUAGAGUGAAGUGGAGUGGAGUGGAGUGGAUUGGAGUGGAGUGAAGUGGAGAGGAGUGAAGUGUAGUAGAGUAGAGUGGAACGGAGAAAGAAGAGCAGAGAAGGGAGUACUCAUUCAUGCUUUGCCUCCAACUGUUAGAAGUUCAGUCGAACGAAUGGUUGAGGUUCGCGCACAGCACGAAUGCUGCGAGCCGUUUAAAUCUCGGACCGGCUCGAAUCAUGUCGCAAAACAGAGAACGUAACACGUAUAUAACCCGUUCGUCGUAGAUGAUAGAAGGUAGAGAACGCAAGGACAUUGGAAACAGUGUGGGAUACAUAUAUCAUGUGUAGCGAUCAACGAGAAGGAAACAUUGGACGAUUUUCUUAGUUCUCGGUGGAACGUGUAUAUCUUUUUCACAAGAUAAAACGACUGUGAACCUUUCAAAGUGAAUUAACCUUUGAUCGAUAGAUCUUCAUUGAUCUUCGAACUUGACCGAAUAAAUUAUUGGCAGAUUUGAUACGACUACUAUCUUUCGUAUUCGCUCUUCAAUCGUUACGAUGAGAUUACGAUCGAUCGUUACGCACGUGAUAACCGAUCGAUGGGUGUUGUAAAAUAUUCUUAACGAUUAGAUGAAUGCGUGCUAUUAUUUCUGAUGAACGUUUUCCAUUUUACUCAACGACUGUCGUUCUUAAUCUUUCCUGUAGUUUGAAUGUUUGUGAUCGGUGAUCGCGACGAUCACCGAUCCUGAAAACGGACGAACGCUUCUUCAUCGUACGUAACGUUUGAAAAGGAAAAAAAGAACAGAAAAGAAAAGGGUGCGCGGGAAAGGAUGGCCGAGUUGACGUGCUUGUUAUUAGCGAUGUUCGGGCAGCUGCUCGUUCGUGGAAGCAAGGGUAGUUUUCUCGGUAUAGAACUGGACAAGACCGGGCAGAAGUUUCUCAACGAAUAUCUGUCUCUCGAGGAAGGCAAGUACCUCGGCGAGUUGCAGCCGUUUCAAGACACAGCGAUCGAGCUCGAUCUGAUCGAUCAGAAGAGGAAGCAUCGACCGAUGCAUCAACCACCGAGGGUUCUCUAUCAAAUUGGGGAUAGCGAGGAGGAGCUGCCCGAGUGCUCGGAUCGAAGCGAGGUUUGCAGCAAGGUGGAUUUAUAUGGGUCACCGUGGGUCGAGAGACAAUGUCGUUGCCCGGCUGGCCGAAGUUGUCCUAGUAGUCUACACGGAGACGAUGGGCACACUAUAGUCGACAAGACGCGACAGUACAAGCUUUGCGAGCCGGUGAAACGUCUUCCUAUCUGUCGCUACUUCAAGGACGUGACAUGGACCUUAGCUCCUGGAGGGGGCCCGGCUAACGCAACGGUUCAACGAGUUUAUUGCCGAUGUCGACCGGGCAGCGUACCUUAUCUAGUUCGAAGACAAGCCUAUAGAUCUUCCGAGGGAAAUCCAGGAUUUCUCUACGCAUUUGCUUGCUCUCCGCAAAGCAGGCUACGCUGCCAGCACAAGGAACCCUGUCGUCUCUUUACCGUACGAAAGAGAAGAACCUCGCAACUCGAAGAGGUGAACGCUUCUCCUCUAUGUCAAUGUCCAAAGGGUCACCGAUGUCCUAGGCGACACACCGAUCCAGGAUCACUUCCGGCAAGAUCGUAUUCCGGCGUUUUGGAGAUUAAGACUUACAGCGGAUACUGCGUACCUUCGCAGCCUCACCAUUCCGAAGCGGUUUACACCGUCUGAUAUCGAAACGACGCCUCCUAUAAGAAUAUUGCAUCUGUACAUACCUAGAGCUGCUGGCACACCCGUUCGUUUCAUUUUCAAAUAAAACGAGCCGAGUUAAGCUAGUCGCCCGAUAUUCGCGACAUUAGCGUCGAAAGGAACUUACGAUCGCGAAACCGACGAUUCCUAUCCGCGUCCACUGCCAAUUAAUUGAUAAACGCUCUUCUUUUUUCAUCCUUCUCCUAUUUUAAUUAUAACGAUACGUAGAUAUUAAGCGCUCUUUUAGUAUUUUAUUCGAGCUAACCUAAAUGUUUUAUCCGAUCAAGUAUUGCGGAAAUUGGAAUGUUGCCGACGGACCUCGCUAGGAAAUAUACUUGUUAUUUAUAAUGUCGCGUAACGCUUGUAUAUUUAAACGCGUUACUUAUAAAGCCUCUAUCUAUUACCGUCACUGUCAACCAAGUUGCCCGUGACUCUUAUUCGGCAUUAUAUUAUAUUAUACUAUUUUACUUGCGUAACAUCGUGUUUGUAAAUAUUCGAUUCUCUAAGAUAAUGAAUUAAAGAAAUUUACAUAUGUG